AUGGUUGACUUCGGUUCCUCUAAGUGGAAGGCUGUCGCUAGCCUCUGCUCGCCCCCCAAAUACGGCUCUCUGGGUUGCUGUUGGUGCGGAGACGACUUUGCGAACUGUAAUCUCUUUCGACGCAAUUACGUGUCCGCACGACGAGCGGCCUCUUCUCCAACGAAUACUAAUGUAGCCGCUCCGAAAACAAGUCCAGAAAAACUGAAGGGUGAUAAGGAAGCUGAAGUCGACCCAGUGUACUACUGCGGCAUCCCCUUUGAAAAACGCUCCUCUCUGAUGCCCUUCUACUUCCUUCUUCCUCCGCCGAAGAUGGAGAUUCAGGAGAGUGCCAAUGUGGUAAUUGCAGUCUGUCUCGGCUUUCUCCUUAUUCUCACCAAAUUGCCCAAACUCAUUCUCCACGUGCUGACAACAGAGCACUACAUCAGUUACGAUGACACCUACCUGGCGCUGGCCUACGCACUCCUUAAUCUCGCCUUCAUUGCCUUCAAGCCCAUGAUCUAUCUUGUGUUGGGGGUGCACUUCCGUCAUGCCCUCACGGGGUUCUGCUGCUGUGCCUGUCUCUACACACCACGGAUGCGUAGCGCUCAUAGCUCUCUCGAACAGGAAGCCCACAGCUUCCGACAACCCAGCAUACAAUACUCAGCUGCCUGUGCCAGUGCUGGCGGUGAGACGGCCGCUGCGGCGAUAAGAUCCACUAUUCAAGAAGAAGUCCAGGAAUUACAAGCAACAACUAAGGUUAACUGGGAUGAAGAGGAAGGAGUUAAGGUGACGGCCUUGUCUAAGGAGCCGAAAACUCCUCAAACAACACAACCUGAGAACGGCACUGCACAGGCCGCGGUCACGCCGACUCACGACACUAGCGCGGACCAUGACAACCGGCGAGGGUCCCUUUUAGAAUCAGAGUCCAGUAGGAUGGGUAGGCUUAACUCGAACUCCGAUCAAUUCAGGUCGGGAACCAGAUCUGCAUCGAUAUCCAAGCCUGGUUCUGUGGUUCCGCCACCUACAACAAGGCGGAGAGCGGUAGGCGGUAGCGCGAAGAGUGAAAACAGUACCGAGCAGGUGUAA